UUGGGGAUUUCGAAUCUACCGUUAAGGAAGAGAAGCCCGGCCAAUAUCUCCGUGUCGGUUGGGAGAAUCCCAUGAUAGAAGCUUUCACGUAAUCGUAUCCGUCCGCAGGCUUCAAGUCCACCGCAGCUUCGGCACCGAGGAGCCGCCCAUCUUUUGGAUCCCUGGUCUCUUCGACGGAGAAGAGCAAGCUAUUCGACGGCAGAGCGCAGCGGGUCUCGCCACCAGAUAGAAAAGAACAGGAAUUGGGUAAAUCUGAUUGCUGAGGAAAAGAUAAGGAAGUUUAUAUCUUGUUACCAAAGAGUGUGUUGCUGUGCAAACAAAGAGCUCUGCUGCUUGUAUGCUCACAUGGUUUGAAGAUUACACUGUUUAUGCAACAUGAAAAAAGGUAGUAAGGUUUAAGAAUAACAUCUGCAGGAACAACUUAGCAGCAGCCAUAACGGUUUUAGAGUGUGUGGCAGUUGUGAUUGAUGGAACAGUACCGGAGGCCCCACCAUACAACAUCAACGGCCUUGUAUUGCACCAAUAUCCAGCUGCCAUGUAGGACAGCUGAUGAGUAGUGAGUUGAAGGGGUAAUCUUUAGCAGUACUCUCAUUACAUAGGACAUGAAGGAGGGGAGAUAGAAGAAGUAUUAUGUGCCCAGUGAGUCAGUAUGAUAUACAUUGUUUGUUCUAUGUCACUGACUGAGAAGAGGAAAAUGAGCAAAGUUCCUCAAUUUGGUAUUACAUCGACCAUUGGUACAACACAAAUCCCAACAGUCAUUCACCUUGCAGCAGCCCCUCCAAGCUGCCGCGAGAACAUUGCCCAUGCCCAACUUUUAAUUGACGGAUGUUGAGGCUAGCCAAGACUUUUUGGUGGCUGUUUCAUUCUCUGCUUUUGUACAAGCAAUGGAUGUUCAUUGAGUGAAGUUGGAGCUGAUGUUUAUGUGCUUUUUUCUUUCAUGAAGCAGAGAGGUUCUUGCUUUACAGAUUAAAAUCUCAACUAUUAUAUAACAUCUUGGUUUAAUUGCUGGAAGAACAUUUUGUUUCUUGCAUCAAUGUAUUCAACAACAUGAACUCCCCAUUUGUAGCUCAUACAUUGCAUGAGUCAUCUUCAAUGCUUCAUUUGACAACCACACUUUGCUUUUAAUUUUACUGUGUUGUCAAAUAAUUCUCAGAUUGUGCAAUUUGCCCCUUUAUUAAUUCCUCAUUGGAAAAGGAAUUAUCCAAUUCAUUGUUGAGAUGCUUGUUCUCAAUUGAUGUGCCAACUUGAGCAUUAGCUGUAUAAAGAACAUGUUAUAAAUGUACCUAAGGUGCAAAAUACCCACAUGUCCAUGACAUGCACUAGGAGAUUGUGCAAGCUUGCUGAAUAUAUUUCAUUGUAUAAGUAGUUUUGGUUAUAGCUAUCAAGAUAAAUCAGCAGAUGCUGUUGCCUGCCCGAUACAAAGAUUCUUAAGUUAUUGGACUCCAUCUAAAUUUGUGAUUCUAGUAUUCUAAAAAUCUUGGGAUUGUGGGACCUUAAAUUUUUGUGAUUGUGGGACCUAUACAUCACCAUGUUUUCAUCAUGAUGGCUGGAACUCAUAUUAUCAGGACUAGAAGAACUAAACCUUGUUCAUCAUGAUUUCUAUCCUUCUUCAUACGUCUCAACGCAUGCACACAUAACACCAGUUAAGGAUGGCACUGAUGCUACCAAUCAGGAUGUAAGCAUGUGUGCACACAUUCAUGCAUGCAUGCGUGUACAUACAUAGACACGUACAUACAUACAUACAUAUAUACAUCCAUGCAUACAUACACAUGCUAAACUUAAAAAGGAUUUACAUUCACAUUUGGUCAAGUCUAGAUCGGAUGAUGGGGGUCCCAAAUUGAUGAUUCGAUCUAUUGGAUAUGAAACCAUGCUGACACAAAUUGUGGAUUGGUUUGGAUUGGGUUUAGGUGAAUGCAGCUAGGUUGCAGUGCUAUUCUGAACAAUACAAAACAUACCAAACUUACUGUAUUUGUACUGGGAUAAAAUUUGCAAGCAGCAAUACAAAUAAACACUUUACAACUUGGACAAUCUUCUUUUGAUGAUCGUAUACACAUAUGUUAACAAUCCUGAAGUAUCUCUGAUCCUCUUCACCUUUCACUUUAAGUGCAACAGUCAUCCAUGAAGCAAAGAAGAAAAGAGUAUUAAAAGGCCAAUCUUUAGGUCUUCCAUGCCAUAUAAAAGUUCCAUGAUAAUCUUUAUAUGUAGGAAGAAUGGAGGGUUUAAUGUGGGAAGAGUGAGGAAGAGGGAGUAUAAGAGAGACACACAUGUUAUGCCUUGUUUUUCCUUUAUUUGGCAUAUACUGGUAUAGUUGACCUGGUAUGAGUAAGUGAUCAGAAUACAUGUACUCGGUAUAUCAUGUUUGUUCCCUCCAUCUUUUUCUCUAAUUAUUGUGUUAUUGGUCAACAGUAAAUAACUGAAACACCGGAAACCUGAUCAGCUUCAUUUUCAACAACUGCAUUGGUGUUCUAACAAACUUUUGGUUGUGUGGAUCUUUUAUGGGCACUGCAUAUUUGGUUAUAUUGGUAUCAGGAAAGACUGUUAUUGCUUUGUUCUUCUUACUGCCAGGCAUUAAUAUGGUUAAACUUUGCUUUAUUUUGGGUGAUACAUGGGGUGUUUAGCUUUUUGGUGCUAAUUUGGUACAUGUUGAAAUUCUGUUAUAGCUGACUUGUCUUUUUGUUGUUUUUGACAGCGGGGCAGGUUUGAGAUGGAAGAUAGGAUCAGUACUCUUCCAAGUAAUAUUAUUGAAGCCAUUCUUUUGCGUCUGCCUAUAGCAGAUGCUGUUAGGUCAAGUGUCUUAUCAAGUAGAUGGAGAUACGAGUGGAGUACAAUUCCGCAUCUCAUAUUUGACAAGCACAGUGUUCCAUCAUCUUUACAUUACAAACUUGAGAAAAUUGUGGAUCAAGUUCUUUUACUUCAUAGUGGGCCGAUUCACAAGUUUGUUUUUGAUGGCUAUGCCUACCUUGAAGAUUUUGCAGUUGUAAACCGAUGGAUAACUGUCCUAUCUAGAAAUAACCUCAGGGAGUUGGUUCUUAGAUUUUGUCCUGACAGGCUUUACAAAUUACCUUCUACUCUCUUUUUUUGUAAAGGAAUAGUCAUUUUAGAUUUGCAUGACUGUGAAUUUAGACUUCCUCGAGUUUUUGAAGGUCUUGGUAACCUGUGUACCCUCAGCCUUGAAAAUGUUGUCAUUUCAGACAAUGAUUUUGUAACGCUCAUCUCCAAUUGUCCGCUUCUAGAGAAGGUUGCCUUUAUGGAUUUCUAUGGUUGUAGUCGUCUUAGAUUUAAUGCUCCUAAUCUCCGAGAAUUGAUAAUUGAUGGUUUAUUUGAAGAUAUCUAUCUUGAGAACACCCCAGAUCUGGCUAUCUUGUCAGUUGGUUUGGAUGAUGCUGAUGAUCUUGAUGAUGAAGGAGAUUCUGAUAAUGAAGAUGUAGAGAAGGAACAUUACAAUUUCAUGACAUCUCUUAAUGCUGUGCUCAAAAUUGAGAAUUUGUCUCUGCGUCAUAACAUGUUAGAGUUCUUGGCUGGAGAUGGUUUGUUAGACAGGCUUCCCACUUACAAUUAUUUAAAGAAAUUGCACUUGAGCUGUGUUAAUUUUGAAGACACAAGACAUAUAGCAAUCCUCCAGUGCUGGUUUCGAAGUACCCCUGUGCUAGAAGAGCUCACUAUAGAGGCUGACUCUGUUGACUCAAGUAAUCCUGCUGCAAGCUUUUGGGAGGGCAAAGAACGUGCGGAUUUCAGGUUCAAUCAACUUCGGUAUCUCACCGUGACUGAAAUUUUGGGUGUAGGACCCGAAAUGGAGCUCAUUGAGUUUGUACUUGCUAAUUCCCCUGUGCUUGAGACACUAUAUAUUAGGCUAGAUAAUGAUGUCUGUGAUGAAGUAAAAAUCUACAAACAGAUUAUGCGAUUUCGAAGGGCAUCUACACGAGCUGAAAUCAUUAACUUGGACUGAGGAGUACUUUAAUUACUGAUCUGUACAAAAAAAAAAUCCUAGAAAACAUAUAGCAGUGUAGAAGGGUGGAUGUCAGGGCUUUCGUUUUUGCAUAAAUGUUGUUAUUGUUUGUCAGUCAGAAAUAUGGGUCUUUAAAUGCAUUUUCUUUUCAUAUUUCUGUUGAAAAUGCUCCCUUUCAUUGCAGAUGAAAAUGAAAUGAGUGUUUUCGUCUGUAUGCUUUAGCAGUCCAUAAUCAAUUCCAUUGUUGAA